GCAAUUUUUACCUUACUACAAUUUCCGCACUUAACACAACUUUGAUUCCUGUAUUUGCAUUCUGUCCUCCUCUUGAGCUGGUCAGGUCUGCUUCGAUGCAAGCCACUCAUAUACAACGAUGAAAGCAGGGACAAUAGGCCUUUUCAGCAAGGCCGCCACAGCGACUCGAGUUCUAUGUCCAACGCAAGCUUCUCGACCAAUAUGUAUCAGAGAUGGAGGCCCAAGCAGUCAACCCAAGAGAGAAUUAUGCUCCUCAUCAAGUAGCCGUCCGCAACGGCCACGAGCGAUAAGAUCAACGUCUAUGCGCCCUGAUCUGUCAAGUAAACGGAACUUUCACGCAAGCUCGAAUCUCCAAGCCACGAAAGAUCCUUAUAGCGUACUCGGUGUCAAUAAGGGAGCUUCAGCUGGAGAUAUUAAGAAGGCCUACUACGGCUUGGCGAAGAAAUAUCAUCCAGAUACCAACAAGGACCCCACAGCAAAGGAUAGAUUCGCAGAAGCACAAUCAGCAUAUGAGCUCCUCACUGACCCGCAGAAGAAGGCUGCAUGGGAUCAAUUCGGUGCCGCAGCAUUCGAUCAGGGUGGUCCAACUCCCGGCGGUGGAGAUCCCUUUGGCGGCGCUGGUUUUGGUAGCGGAGCAGCAGGUGCUGGUGGAUUUUCUGGUGGAUUUGGUGGCGGCUACGCAGCUGACUUCAACUUCGAAGAUCUGUUCAAGGGCUUUGGCGGCUUCCCCGGUGUGCGGAGAGGUCGUUCAGGAGGCCGGAACCCAUUCCAGCAAGAGGAAAUCCUAGUUGGAGACACCAUCGAAGUCCAGACAAAUAUAUCUUUCAAGGAAGCCGCAACCGGGACUACAAAGACCAUCAAUAUAUCGCCCCUGACGACAUGUAAGACGUGUUCUGGAGGAGGUUUGAAAGCUGGUGCCAAGCGGUCGGAGUGCAAAGCCUGUGGAGGUACUGGGACACGGGUACACUUCAUGUCUGGUGGUUUCCAAAUGGCAUCAACUUGCGGCGUUUGCGGCGGUCAAGGUAUCACAAUACCAAAAGGGUCAGAAUGUAGGACAUGUUCAGGGAACGGUGUUGUUAGAGAGAGGAAAGCUGUCACCGUUGACAUACCAGGUGGCAUCGACGACGGCAUGGCAAUACUGGUGAGGGAGGAAGGUGAUGCACCACCCACAGGUCAAGCUGCAAAUCCCAACUCCAAAACCAUGCGAGGAGACCUCCGUGUGCUCAUCAGGGUGGCCACAGACCCCAAGUUCAGUCGCUCAGGCUCAGACAUCUUGUAUACUGCUACUAUACCACUUACAACUGCUUUGUUGGGAGGCCAAGUCAAGAUCCCAACUUUAGAUGGAGAGGUUGAAGUCAAGGUCGCUACGGGCACCGGCACUGGAGACAAGAUCACUCUGGGAGGAAUGGGAAUGAAGAGUUUGGAACGCGGCAAGUGGUCUGGAAAGGGGGAUCUGAAAGUCGAAUUCAAAGUCAGCAUGCCAAAAUAUCUCAGUGCCAAUCAACGAACUAUUUUGGAAAUGCUUGCGGAUGAAAUGGGCGACAAAACGGCGAAACGAAUCAUGAAUGUUGGAAGACCGAAUAAUGCAUCCGAAUCUGGAUCCCCAUCCGCAGAUGAUCAUAAGAACGAAGGAUUCCUGAAAUCUGUGUGGCAUAAUAUUACUGGGAAUGCCGCCCAUAAAGACGCCGCAGAUGAACAUCCGUCGUCUUCAUCACCUUCAAAAGAUGAACCUGCUACAAAGGAUUCUGCAACCAAGGACAAAGACAAAAAGGCAUCUGGAAGUGGUGCGUGAUUUGCGUGUACCAUAGAAGCUCUAUUUGAAUUGACUGCAUCAGCGAGGAAGGGAGACUUUGGGAUUGGAGCAAAGGCGUCUGUAUAUUAAGGACCACUGGAUCAGCGAGCAGCUUAUAUCCAGUUUGUACAUCUAGACUAGCCUAUAUAGGAGGAAACUCAGCUCUGAAAGCAUUCCUGUGAUAUUCUUCUAUCUGCUGUAUAUUA